UGCCCAAAUAACUGUUGACAUCAAGUUAUUGUUGUUGUUGUUGCUGCUGCUGCUGCUAGGACAUUACACGUGACCUUUGAAGACCAGGUCAGAACUAGCAAUUGCUCUAGGGCUCUAGGUGCCGUAGGUGGCUCUUUGCAAUUCAUUCGCUGACGCGGGAAACUGACGAAACUUAUCGGAUGCUAUGUGUAUCUCCAUGACUUUGCAGCUGAACUCUCCACCACUGCGCAGCUCGCUCGAACAGCAGAGCUGGUUUUUCGCUCCAGCCAGGCGACCGAAGCACAGAAGGAGGAGAAGCAAAGGGUCGAAGAACUCUUGCAGGAGACACGACGGGCGAAAGAGUCCUCGGAGUCCUCCAGCGUGGCUCAGAGUCGGCAGGCUCAGGCGGACUUCGAUGCCAAGUUGGCCAUGCUCGAAAAGCAGCACACGGACUUCCAGCGUGAGGCCGCCGCAAGAGCUCAACAACUGGAAGAGCAGCGGCAAGAACUUCGGAAGGAUCUGGAGCAGGAGCGCGAGCGGGCCAGAACGGAAGCACAGGAGCUGCAAAAGCAGCAGCUGGAGGUACGCAGCGAGCUGGAGCAAGAGCGCCAACGUCGUUUGUCAGAGGUGGCUGACCUGCAAUACCAGCUGGGCCGCGCACACAGUGCAAAUGAAAACCAAGAAAGGGAGAAGGAGAGGAUUGAAUCUGCUCUGAAGGAGACCCAGCGCGCGAAAGACUCCUUUGAAGCUUCCAGCAUGGCUGAAAGUCGGCAAGCGCAGGCCGAUUAUGCAGCUCAGUUGGCGAUGCUGGAGAAGCAGAGGGAGGAAUCCCAGCGCGAGGCUUCAGCCAAAGCACAGGAGAUGGAGAAGCAGUCUUUGCAGAUCCAGGAGUUGUCGCAGAAGCAGGAGGAGCUCCUGGACACUCUGAAGCACAAGGAGCAGCAAGUCCAGGAGCUGACGACUGCUGCGGCGGAAUUUCGGCAAAGCUCCCAGCAAGAGCAGAAGGAGAUGCAAGACGCUUACGAUCGUCUACAGCAGGAGCUGGAGCAGGAACGCCAGCGUGGUGAUGCCGAAGCACAGGAGCUGCAACGGCAGCUGGCGGAGGCACGUGCAGCGACCGAAGGCAAAGUGAAGGAAUUGGAGAUGAUCCAAGGAACUUUGAAGGAGACGCAGCUGGCCAAAGAAGCAUUUGAAGCGUCCAGUGCUGCAGAGAGUCGCGAGGCGCAGGCCACGUUUGAGUCCAAGUUGGCCAUGAUGGAAAAGCAGCACAGGGACUUUCAGCUUGACGCGGCCGAUCAAGCUCAACAGCUUCUGGAUCAGCGCCAAGAGCUUCAGAAGGAGCUGGAGAAUGAGCGUGAACGCAGCCAAGCUCAAGAAGGGAGGCUGCAGGCAGAGCUUGCAGAAACCAAUGCGGCUCUCGAAGGGCAGAAGCAGGAGAAGCAGAGGUUUGAAGCAUUGCUGAAGGAGGCCGAGCUCUCAAAAGAAGAACUGCAAUCCUCAAGCGAUGCCGAAAGUCGACAAGCGCAGGCCGAGUUUGCCUCGAAGGUGGCCAUGAUGGAACAGCAGCACCGGGACGCCCUGUGUGAAGCAGCUGCUGCUGCCGCCAAGCUUGAAGAGCAGCACCAAGAGCUUCAGAAGGAGCUGGAGAAUGAGCGUGAACGGGGCAGAGCUGAAGAGCAGAGGUUGCAGACAGAGCUGGCAGAAACCAACUCUGCCUUGGACGCACAGAAGCAAGAGAAGCAGACGAUCGAAGGAUUGCUGAAGGAGACCCAGCUCGCAAAAGAAGAGCUGCAAUCUUCAAGCGCCGCUGAAAGUCGACAAGCGCAGGCGGACUUUGCGGCAAAGGUGGCCGUGAUGGAAAAGCAGCAUGAGGAUGCCCAGCACGAAGCAGCUGCUGCCGCCGCCAAGCUUGAAGAGCAGAGGCAAGAACUUCAGAAGGAGCUGGAGAAGGAACGUGAACGUGGCAGAGCUGAAGAGCAGAGGCUGCAGACGGAGCUCGCGGAAACGAACUCUGCUUUAGAAGCAGAGAGGCAGGAGAAGCAGAGGAUUGAAGGAUUGCUGAAGGAGACCCAGCUCUCCAAAGAAGAACUGCAAUCCUCAAGUGCUGCUGAACGUCAACAAGCGCAGGUUGACUUUGCAGCGAAGGUAGCCGCGAUGGAACAGCAGCAUGAGGACACCCAGCGUGAGGCAGCUGCUGCAGCCGCCAAGUUUGAGGAGCAGCACAAAGAACUUCAAAAGGAAUUGGAGAAUGAGCGUGAGCGUGGCAGAGCUGAAGCGCAACAGCUGCAGACGCAGCUUGCCGAAACCGAUUCAGCUUUGGAAGCAGAGAAGCAGGAGAAGCAGCGGAUCGAAGGAUUGCUGAAGGAGACCCAGCUGGCAAAAGAAGAACUGCAAUCCUCAAGUGCUGCUGAAAGUCGACAAGCCGAGGCCGACUUCGCGUCCAAGGUGGCCGUGAUGCAACAGCAGCAUGAGGACGCCCAGCGUGAAGCUGCUGCUGCAGCUGCCAAGCUUGAGGAGCAGCGUCAAGAACUUCAGCAGGAGCUGCAGAAAAGCUCAGAGAAGGUACAGCUGCAGGAGACGAACCUCAAGGAUGCCUACACUCGGCAAUUUGAGUUGGAGAUAGCCAUUCAAACAGCGGAUGAAGAAAAGCAAGAGCUCACGAGCAACGUUGACAGCCUCACGGCCGAACGAAGAGCGAUCGAAUUGGAGCGAGACGAGCUUCAGGACAGCUGUGAGCACACCAAGAAGGAGCUCAAUGAGGUGCUCCAGAGCCACCGUGCUGCCGAAGCGGACUUGCAGCGCCAGCUGGCGGAACUUCGGGAAGAAAGCGGGUUCCUGGAGACGUGGCAUCAAACCAAAGUCUUGGAGCUGGAACAGAAGAUCGAGAAGUUGAAUGCGGAGAACGCAGAGAAGGUGACGAUUUUGGAGAAGGAGCGGAAGGCGGUGGAAGAAGAGCGAGAUGCUCUACAACAACACUUGGACCUCACGCAACAAGAGUUGGACCAGGCCCAUGAAGCCCAACGAGCCACUGAAGCAGAACUCACCGGCGCAGCGAGCUUUGGAGAUCUCGGAAAAGGUCGAACUCUUGGAGAAGGAGCGCACGGCCAUCGAACACGAGCGGGAUGCGCUUGGAGCACAUCUGGACCUGGCCAAGAAGGAAUUGGAACAGGUGAGGAGCGACAUGGAGGAGAACGCUGCCGCGGCGCAGAAGGAGAAGCAGCAACUCCUAAGUCAACUCUCUGAUAUGGAGGCCGUGAGUCCUUGGGGCCGCUUCGAAAUGAGACCGACAAGCAAGAGGGCAUACAGGUUGAUCAUGG